UCAUGUCUCGGGGUCUAAUCUGCUAUAAAAGUGGAGACCGAGGCGAGAAGUAGCUCAUAUUUUGCAAAGAGGACAAAAACACACUCACCCAGCACUAACAUGAUGGUUUUGUUUAUCCUACUCACGCUCGUUCCGAGUUGUCUAUGUUUUACGUCGCUGCUUCCUCUGGACUGUUCGGAGAUCCACUCCCAGGAUCCCACCAAGCCCAGUGGGGUGUACACCAUCUUCCCUGGGGGGCCCGUCUCCCCCCUGCAGGUCUACUGUGACAUGGAGACCGAUGGGGGAGGAUGGACGGUGUUCCAGAGAAGACUGGAUGGUUCUGUGAACUUCAACAGACCCUGGGAUCACUACAAGAACGGCUUCGGGAACAAGGAUGGGGAGUAUUGGCUGGGGCUGGACAACAUUGUGCUGCUGACCAUGAGGAAGAGGAAUGAGCUGAGGGUGGACAUGGAGGACUGGGACGGGGGAAAGGUCUACGCUCAGUACACGUCCUUCUCUGUGGACCCAGAGACCUUCGGCUACACACUGCGAGUGGGCAGCUAUGUUGAUGGUGGUGCAGGUGACGAUUUGACGUAUCACAACGGCAUGAAGUUCACCACUUAUGACAAAGACCAGGACCUGCAUGGGGACAAUUGUGCCAAAAUCCUUUUGGGGGCAUUCUGGUAUAAUGCUUGUCACUAUGCCAACCCAAAUGGCCUUUAUGCUGAAGAGUCAAGCUCUCCAUUGUCAAAGAACAUAUUUGUUCAUUGGUGGAAUUGGAAAGGAUAUCCCUACUCCCUCAAGGGAAUUUCCUUAAAGAUGAGACCAGUUUAAAAAACACACUACAGAGGUGACAAUGGCGAGUAUGAUGAUUAUUUUCCUGUCUUUGAUGAAGAUUCAGACAUAUAAAUAAACAUGAAAUAAAAAUAAUACCUCA